UUUUGCCGCGGCUCCCGCUAACACCCGCGCGGUGGGCGUGGCGGUCAGGGGCGGGGAUAGGCAAAUACUGCCCUGUGGGGCGGGAAAACGAGACAGAGGUGCGAGCUGGGGAUAGGCCGUCUCUUCCGGGGCGUGGCUGGCGGAGCCUCACUUUCCCGCCGACGGUUGGCCACGUCACGUGACAUGGGUUGGAAGAUGGCGUCUCCCGCAGACGGGACGGAUUUGGAAGCAUCUUUGCUAAGUUUUGAAAAACUAGACCGUGCCUCACCAGAUCUUUGGCCAGAACAAUUACCGGGUGUUGCUGAAUUUGCAGCUUCCUUCAAAAGUCCUAUCACUAGUUCUCCACCUAAGUGGAUGGCCGAAAUAGAACGUGAUGACAUUGAUAUGUUAAAAGAACUGGGAAGCCUCACCACAGCUAAUUUGAUGGAGAAGGUACGAGGCCUACAGAACCUGGCCUAUCAGCUGGGGCUGGAUGAGUCCAGAGAGAUGACCCGGGGGAAGUUCCUCAACAUUCUAGAGAAGCCCAAGAAGUAGCAGCUGUUUGUGCACGGGUGUCCUGGGGACUGCAGCCGAGCUGCCUUCCCAGUGCAGUUCUGACGGUGCGCACCUCACGAUUCCCUGAGAGAGGCUGGACCUGCACCUCCAGGACUGCCCCUCCCUGCUCCUGGCACUCUGCACCUCUGAGGACAUUUGGUGGCAAGAGAAGAGUCUGCUCUACCCGAGGAUGCUUGUUACUAAGUCAGUGUCUUAGCCUUGGACAUUGGUAACACCAGAGGUCCUGCUGUUUUAAAGGUCAGAGUUGUGCUUUGUCGUUUCCAGAAGUGAUUCAGGAGCCCCAUGGUCUCGUAGUUGCCUUGAUACUGUGAUGGCAAAGCCAGCUGUGACAUGCUGACCGGACGGGUUCCUUUGAGUUGUACUUGAUCUCUUAGGAAGUAUUUGUGAGGCAGGGAGAUAAAAGACUACUAGAUUCUGGACCAGAGCAUGCGUCCUGACCUGUGAACUCUCCAGUACAUAAUCACUUCCAAGACCCCCAGCUGGAGAAGCCAGGGUCUGCGAAGUGUGAACCUGCUCUUGAGUGCCACACCCCUCAUGACAGCCGCGCCCUCGCGCCCCUCCCCACCGCCCAGCCCGCCUCCCGGGGCUGACGCUGGCCGGAGGCCCUCAGCAGUGAGUCCCUGCUGGAAGGAGCUGGGCGAGCGAGAGGCCUGUGCUGAUGGCCCGGGUCACCUGCUGCGGGUUUCAGUGAGAGGUCAGUGCGGCCUGACGGGAAGGGCGUGGUCUGUGGGAGUCCCCUUUGGCUGAAAGCCAGAACCCCUGGUCAACCUGGUGUGUGUGGGAUGGAGACAGUGUUCUGUCCCUCUUGUCCCCAUCACAGCAUGCGUGAGACCCUUAACCCAUGUGACACACACGUGUGCAAGAGAAAGAUAAUUUCCUGACCUACAUACAACUUUCCAUGGAGUUCUUCCCCAGUUACAUGUCCGUUAAAACCUGAGGAGCGCAUCCCGGGUAAAAUCAGUUACGUACGUUCGCUCAUGGUUUGAGAAGUACAUAAAGUUUCAUAAACUUUAUGAAGAGAAUAUCCCUGUGCUGUUGGGACGUAGGAGAAGUUGUGCUGAAGUGUGUGGUCUUGUGUGUCUGCUAAGGCUCCGCACUGUAGUUUAACCACUGGUCCUUUAACCGUGGUCUGACAUGUAUGCAUGUUCCCCACGCUAGAACUGAGUUUUGGUUUUUCUCUCAUUUGUGCCUUCUGACCAUCCACAGUUUCACUUUCUGAAAGAAAAAAAAUGAGCGCAGGACACACAAAGGAUGAUUGUGAGACGGAAAAUCCUCUGGCUGGUGCUCCCUGAAAGGGUCAGUGUGGAGGCUUUAAUGAAGCUUAUGAUUGACGUUUCCUGAUCUCCCUAAGAGCAGUCGGAGUAUGUGUGAGGGUGAGGCUGGCCCAAGUGAGUGCCAUAAUGUCACAUUUUUCUCCCUUCCGGCUCCGAGAGUUGGAGCUGUCAGGCGCUUUGCAGGGUCUGGGGAAUGGGGAAGUGUGUGGAGAACCCUGGGACGCCUCCCGAGCCGCCGUCUGUGUGUAACCGGAAGCCGAGAGUCAGUUCCCAUCUGCUGUGGCCUCCCUUCACUGUCCGCCCUCCUACCCACCAGCACGAAAUGUAAGCCGGCAUUUUAGAAUUGCAGUGUUUACUGGUUUUGUAUUUGUUGUACUUAGAAAUGUUGAUGAUGUAUUUUUAUAUUGAUAAUAUAAAUUCAUGUACAGUGGUGUGUGUGUAUUUUAGGAUAUUAGAGGAUUGUACCUUGUAUACGUUGUCUUCAUAAUAAAUACGACCCUUUCAUAGGAGGGUUUUUCCUCAGAGG